UCUCGACUACUAGAUUUAGUAGAAAUCUUUAGAGAAUAUACUGAAUUCGGCUGUAUCUGCUAUACUAGUACUUUACUAGCCUCCCAGGUAGCAAACCUCGAAAAUACCACUAAACGGAUCGAAAUUUAUAUACUUACUAGUAGUAGUAGUGCUCGUAAUACUAAUAAAUCACUUAGUGCCCGUAAUACUAGUAGUUCUAGUACUUGUAAUACUAGCUCGAAAUCUAUGGCCCUCUCUAGGAAAAGCACCUUUCUACUAGCUUAUAUAGAGCAGGCUAGCUUGUUCUCUGCUAUUUCUAUUCGUAAUUCGCUUAAUACUACUUUCUGCUCUAAGGGAAUUAAGGGACUAGUAAUCUCUAUAGUUUCUCUUUUCUCAAAGGGUAAUAUUAUAGUUAAUACUACUCCCGAAUUUAACUCUGACUUUCUAGUUCAAAAUCAAGCUAUUAUAAAGGGGGUACUUUCCUUAUAUAAAGUUAUUAUUUACGGUCUACCUAUUCAUGAGUUUAAUAUACCCGAAGGAAUAGACUUAGUCCUAGAAGAAAUCAAGACCUUUAAUAAGGGACUAGAGCCUAUUAGCCAGCCCUAUUAG